CGGAAGUUCAACCUGUACUCUCAUCGGCCACAUUUCGCUUCAAGAUUUUGAAGAAUGAAGAAGGAACACCAAGAUCUUGUUUUGAAGGCAUGUGGAGCAAAGUCUCUGCAGAUUGGUGCAAAGAUUCAGACUUUGUGGAGCGGUUAUGGUGAAAUAUUAAGAGUCCAUCUGGAGGGAUGUGACCGUCCCUCUGUGGUUAUCAAACAUGUGAUGUUUCCUCAAAACCAGAAGCAUCCAGGAGGCUGGAACACAGACAUUUCUCACCAGCGCAAAGUGCGAUCUUAUCAGGUCGAAACCUAUUGGUACCAAAACUACACUACCAAUGAAAACUGCAGAGUUCCUCUUUGUCUCGCUGCCAAGUCAUUUGGUGAAGAGCAGUUGAUUGUUUUGGAGGAUCUUGAUGUUGCAGGAUUUCCAGUGAGAAAAACUUCUGUUAAUGAUGCCGAAAUGAAAGCCUGCUUGAGUUGGAUUGCCAACUUUCAUGCCCUUUUUCUUGAUGUCACCCCAGAAGGACUUUGGCCUAUAGGCACAUACUGGCAUUUAGAAACAAGGCCUGAAGAACUAGAAGCCAUGUCAGACCAAAAACUCAAAGCAGCCGCUGGAGAGAUCGACAGCAUCCUCAACAAAUGCCGUUUUAAGACAAUUCUGCAUGGUGAUGCAAAACUAGCUAAUUUUUGCUUCUCCAAGGACGGUUUACAGGUUGCGGCUGUUGAUUUUCAAUAUGUAGGUGGAGGGUGUGGGAUGAAGGAUGUGAUUUACUUUUUGGGCAGCUGUAUGGAUGAACGAGAGUGUGAAAAGAAAGCGCCUGGCCUUUUGGAUUACUAUUUUUCAGAGCUGCGGAAAUCCUUGGCGAAGAAGGUUGACUUUGCAGAGCUGGAGAAAGAAUGGCGAAACAUGUUCGCUUUCGCUUGGACUGACUUUCAUCGCUUUCUCCUUGGGUGGAUGCCAGGGCAUCACAAGAUUAAUAAGUAUAGCAAAAGACUUACACAAGAGGUUUUAAAGAAAUUAAAGCUAUCUCUUUGAAUGUGAGGGGAAAAUAUGGUGUGGGAUUUACAAUAAAAUUACACUUGUAUGUGAAAGUGUAAUUGAACAUUGAGACUGUACCAAAUAAGAUGGUGCUUAUUUUAUUUCAGAAUUGGUGUAUUUGUGGAUGUGAACACUUUUUUUG